AUGGCCUCACUGUACGACGUACGCCAAUAUGUGUAUCAAACGUUUGCUGAUAGAGCUGCAGUAAACGUUAGUGACGUUGCAAUUCGGUUCAAUAUUUCCGAAAAAGAAGCACUCCAUUCACUUCGUCUACUACACGACGAACAUCUUAUCGUGUUGGACAACGAUCGUCGCAAUAUCAUCAUGGCACAUCCGUGGGCAGCAAAAAAUCUAGGUUUUGUUGUCGCCAGUUCACAGCAAAAAUGGUGGGGCGGUUGUGCCUGGGAUUCAUUUGCAAUUCCAUCUCUGAUAAACGAAAAAUGUUUAGUAGCUACGCAUUGCCCGUCGUGUGGCCACACAAUAGCCAUGGAUGUAGAUCCCGAUCGACCGCCACAAAAUGCCAAUGAUGUGGUUGCCCAUUUUCUCGUGCCGGUUAGAGACAUGUGGAACGAUGUCGUUUAUAGUUGUAGCAAUCAGUUGCUUUUUUGUAAUCGCAUGCACGUCGAAGAGUGGCUUCAGAGGACGGGCAACACUUUUGGCACUGUUCUUGAUUUGCCGACGCUGUGGACACUGGCCACACAGUGGUAUGCUGGGAGAUUGACACCAGAAUAUCGUCGUCGUACUGCAGAUGAGGCUGCUGCAUUUUUCGAAAGCAUUGGCCUAAGGGGAGACUUUUGGUGCACAAAAAAUAUUUGA